AUGAUCGCCAAAACAGGAAAGUUGAAUCCGGAAAUGAAGAAGAAAGAGAUAAAAAAAAGGGCUAAAAACUUAAGUGAAGUGCAAGUUUAUGCUGUUGAUGUGCAAAAAGUUCUCACUUGUCCAAAUUUAAAGACAUCUACAGCCUAUUAUAAAACAAAACUUAAAGUUCACAAUUGGACUAUUUAUAACUUGGCACCACAUCAAGGCACAUGCUAUGUUUGGCACGAAGGUAAUAGAGGUGUAAAAAGUGAUGUAUUUGCUUCAAUGAUUGUGAGGUUUUUGAAAGAAGAGUUGAAAAAUAACCAAGUAUCAAUGAAAUAA